AUGAUGCGCCUUUCGCCCCUGUUUCUCGCCAGCAAAGUCACGGCGGGAAAUGCCAAGAAUCAGGCAGGGCACCCGCGUCGCAAGGCGAAGUUGUUCCACGUCAUCCCUGGUACCCCAGUGACACCCAUUGAAAAGCUGAAGGAGCAGAGACGGCGCUACGGGCAGGACCGUCACUCACGCCUACCGGAGUACCGCCCUGGGCGAAAUGUGCGUAUGGAUCCGAACACAUUCACGCUUUACGCAGCGACAAAGGGUGUUAUGACAAUCCGUGAGAGUCGCAUUCAUCCCGGCUACAAGUGGCUGGAUGUGGAGCCGGACAUCCAAAAGAUCUACCGAAGCCGGCAAAUGCGGAAUGCACUUGCUAUCCGCGGUAUAGCGUCGAAUAUGGUGGCUGCGAAUAAGCACUACAAACCAGAGGUAGACCUACUACAAGAACCGUUAUGGCGUGAACGUGUGAUGCAUGUGCCGAAGGCCACAGAGCGUUUCAAGGACCCUAAUCUGUUUACUCGUGGUAUCCUUCCCGAGCUCAAACCGGCUGAUAGAUACUGCUACGAGUAG